AUGGUCCAUCAUCGCUCUCGCUCAUACGAUCGUGAAAAAGACCACAGUUACAGGAGCCUUUCACAUAGAGAGUCGGAAAGAGACGGAGACCACGCCAAAGACAAGAAGGGCUUUUCUAAAAGGGACCCACCAGACGAGUACAGGAAGCGGCGGCGCAGUCGGAGUAGGGAUAACGACGAGGACCACCCGCGCAGACAGAGAGAGCGAAGUAACAGUAGAGGCAAAGAUGAAGAGCGCAAAGACAAGAAACGCAAGCGCGACAAGUCCGAGGAGCGCAAGGCCCGCAAAGCGGAAAAAUUGCGCAUAAAGGAAGAGGAAGAAGCUCGUCAGGUUGCUGAACUUAGUGUGUACAGCGCAACCGAUAAUCCCUUCCACGACGUCAACCUCGGGCAGCAGUUCCGCUGGCAUAAGAAGAAUGAGAAAGACCGUAAGCAAGGUCUGUCCCUUGCGGAGGCACAGCGUAAAGAUGCAAUUAGAAGGCAAGAUGCUAAGGAGGAGCUCGAGAGGUUGAACAGACGCAGAGCGGAACGGGAAGCGGAGCAACGCCUGCGAGAAGAGGAAGAGUCGCGCAUGGCAAGAAUGGCAGAGUCUGCUCAGAUGUCGGAAUGGAUAGCGAAGGAUGGGGAGUUCCAGCUGGACCAGGAGCGAAGCCGGGCUGCUAUUCGCAUAAGGGAAAAGAGGGCAAAAGCUAUCGACUUCUUGGCCUUGAAUUUGAAGUAUGCACAUCCGCUGGACGAAGAUCAUAUCGAGGACGAUGCCGGGCUCGAAAUUGACCUCGACGAGCCGUAUAACAUUCUCGACAAUCUUUCGCCUGACCAAAUUGACGAACUUCAUGAUGACAUUGAGCGUUACCUCUCACUCGAGACCUCUGAGGUGGACAUCGACUUUUGGACGAAUAUGAUGGUGGUCUGCAAAGACCGUAUCGACAAAAUUAAAGCCAGUGAAUGCAUGGGGGUAGAAGCGGCGGUCGCUGUGGAAUCAGAAAUCACUGCACUUUUGUCUGGUAAAAGCUACGACCAUCUUGCAACGCUUCAAAAACAGAUCCAGGCAAAGCUUGCAAGCGGCGAACCUAUUGAUACGGACUACUGGGAAGGGCUCCUCAAGAGACUACUGGUUUGGAAAGCGAAGGCAAAGUUGAAAAGCCUGCACGAAGUCGUCGUUCGCAAUCGACUUGAGCAGUUACGCAAGCGCCAGCGCGACGAGGCUCUACACGCACAGGAGGAGCUUCUUGCUGGUGUUGCUCGAUCAGCAGCUCAAGGGCUGAAGGACGCAAAUUAUGUUGCACCUAUAACUACAGCAGAAACAGACACACACGAGGACAUGGAACCUUACGAUAGGUCUAUGAGUCCGCCACUGAUAGACAUCACGAAGUUAACGGAAGAUGAACGUGAAAUCGAUAUAGUGACAGAGCUUGACGACCUUCGUGCAUUGUUGAAACAACGCCGUACGGUCGCUGCCUCGCGCUUCGUGCCUAAGGCUGCUCAACCUAUGGUUGAAGUCGAAGUUCCAGAAAUUGCAAGCGGUGCUGACCUCGCUUCCGAAGCUUUGUACAGGGCUGAGGCAGAGAGAGAGCUUGACGAAGAGGAGGAACUCUUUAAUCUUGAGGAGAACAUUGCAAAUCCUACGUCAUACAACUGGGAGGACAAAUAUCGACCUCGGAAACCCAGAUACUUCAACCGCGUGCAUACCGGCUACGAAUGGAAUAAGUAUAACCAGACUCACUACGACGUCGAUAACCCGCCUCCGAAGGUCGUUCAGGGUUAUAAAUUCAACAUCUUUUACCCGGAUCUGAUCGACAAAUCAAAAGCCCCUACGUACAAAAUCGUCAGGGAACCCGGGAAUGAGGACACCGUGUUGCUGCAUUUCAGCGCCGGGCCUCCAUAUGAAGACAUCGGCUUCAGGAUCGUCAAUCGGGAGUGGGAGUUUUCACAUAAACGGGGCUUCCGAAGUAGUUUUGAUAGAGGAUGUCUGUCACUUUGGUUCAAUUUCCGUCGUAAUUUCUAUCGGAAGUAG